AAUGUUACCCUAUGGGGAAGUUUCCCCCUUGGGUCCCCAGAAUACUGAUCAACGAAAAGGGAUGUGUGGCUGGGAUGCCAUUGGAUUCCAAUAACUGAUGACUGUUGGAACAUCCCCUUGGAGUGAUGGACAAUUCUGAGGUUGCGUUAAGUUGUACUAAACAUUAAAACCAGCUCCAGGAUUUAUUGUGCUGCUGUUAAACAUUGGGGCCAAUUCAAAAUUGCCAUCACUCCUGCUUUGGAAUCUCUGAGUGCAACAAGUGAAGUCUAACACAAGAACCAAGAUGUGGCUAUUCAUUACAGUCGCAUAUUUGUUACAAGCAACUGUAUCCCCAGAGGGCCUCAAAAGAGUGAAGAGAGAUCAUGUGGACCCUGAAGCAUACAUGAACAUUAGUGAGCUUAUUACCUACAGAGGGUACCCUAGUGAGGAAUAUGAAGUGGUGACAGAAGAUGGCUAUAUUCUUAACAUUAACAGAAUCCCUUAUGGAAUAGAAAAUCAGGGGAAUACAGUUGUAAAGCCUGCUGUGUUUCUCCAACAUGGAUUACUAGGAGAUGCUAGCAACUGGGUCACAAACCUGGCCAACAACAGCCUGGGCUUCAUCUUAGCAGAUGCAGGCUAUGACGUUUGGAUGGGAAACAACAGAGGGAACACCUGGUCUAGACGACACAUGAAUCUUUCUGUUGAGAAAGAGGAGUUCUGGUCUUUCAGUUUUGAUGAGAUGGCUAAGUUUGACCUUCCAGCAGUACUAAACUUUAUUAUGCAGAAAACUGGACAAGAGCAGUUGUACUAUGUUGGCUACUCACAGGGGGCCACUAUAGCUUUGAUUACAUUUUCAACAAUGCCACAGCUGGCUAAAAGAAUCAAACUGUAUUUUGCCUUAGCCCCCGUAACUACAGUUAAAUAUGCCAGAAGCCCUGCAGUAAAACUCCUGCAUCUUCCUGAAAUGUUGCUUCGGGGCUUGCUUGGCAGAAAGGAAUUAUUUCACCAAAGUGAAUGGCUAAGAAAGCUAAUUGUUUCUUUUUGUGGCCACAGCAUUUUUGCUAAGCUUUGUGGAAAUGUCUUCUUCAUUCUGGGAGGCUACAAUGUGAACAAUAUAAAUAUGAGUCGUGUUAAUGUGUACGUAGCUCGAGCCCCAGCAGGGACCUCUGCACAAAAUAUUAUCCACUGGAGCCAGAUAGUUCAUUCAGGGGAAUUCCAAGCUUAUAACUGGCGCAGUCGAACCAAGAAUAUGGCGAAAUAUGCUCAGGCCACCCCUCCUUUAUACAAGAUAAAAGAUAUGACAGUGCCAACUGCAAUAUGGACUGGUGGAAAAGACUUGCUUGCAGACUUAAAGGAUAUUAAUAUUUUACUCCCUCAAAUUAUUAAUCUUGUUCAUUAUAAAAACAUUCCUGAAUGGGCACAUUUGGAUUUCAUCUGGGGGCUGGAUGCGCCACUGCGCAUGUACAAUGAAAUCGUUGACCUGAUGGAGAAGAAUCCAUAAAAGCACCCACAGUAACAAUGCUUUUCCUCUGAGGAGGCUUGUUUUCUCUGUGUAUGGAAAGGAGCCCAUUUUCCUUUUUAUAAAAAAGUUAACUCUUCUACUGA